AUUGCGGCACUCAACGCUCAAACAUUUUUGCGUUUUGUAAACAUCAGCGUUGCUUUUUGUGUCGCGUUUGUCGGAAUUUUGUGUAUAUUUCGAUAAAUUUUCGCUCGAAAACCCGCCAUUCCGGAAGAAAACUAUUGAUAAUGUUGGCGCUUCGCUCCGGUGUUGGAUUGUGAGUGGUUUCCGAUCGAUUUUGUAGCAAACCGAAACGAUGGAAAUAAUUCCCAACUCGUACAUCGCUCGCGUCGUUUUGGCGUACCUAUACGAGGAGAAGCUGAACCAGGCGGCGAUUGAAUUUUGCAAGACUAGUCCCUAUCUGCGGGAGGAGCGGGAAUUUGUCAAGCGAGGCUUCCGGCCGACCACUUGCAUCAGCUUGAAGCUGACGACGCUGUUUCGCGAUUAUGGCGAGAUGCAGCAGAAAGUGGACGUCUUCGUUCAGAAGCACGGAGUGGAGCUGGACAUACAGCAGGAUCUGUCUCUGGUGAAGAAGGUUGAAAUGGUUUUGGCGUUGCUGAAGCAGGCACACAAGAACAGGCGAAGUGUUGUUGAUGGGUUGAUGGCGAAAAAGGACUCCCGUAAAUCAGGUUUGGUUUGUAAACGGAAGCGGUCGGUUCCAUCGCCACACCCAUCGCUGUCGAGCAGCACUCCAGAAGUUGGUGAACCGAAGCAGAAACGAAUAUGUACUAAUCCGCCAGCAUGCAUCGUGUUGAACGAUUCGGGAAGAAACUUAUCCAAUUUGUCGCAUAUUUCUCCGAUUGGGGUAGCGGACGAUAGCACGCAGGAAUCGUGCAGGGAUGAUGACGGUGAUGAAGGACAUGAAGGUGGAGAGGAGGAAGACGAUGUGUUGGAUGUGAGGAAAUUUCCUUCAAUUGAUCUCUUUUCUCGGACGCUUUUGGAGAAUGAGAACUAUUCGGAGAAGAUUGCGGAUUUGAUUAACAAAGGGCGGGAGACGUCGCUGUGUGCCCAACCUGAUCCUAAGGAAGGUCCCAGCGUAGCUAUGGAGGAACACGUUGACGAGUUGAUCUCGUUCAUAGUGAAUAAUGCGGUGAAAGACAAGGUCUUCGAUGAUAUUCUAGCCGAUAUCAGCAGUAAGGCUAUCGAGGAGCAGACGGGAAAUAACGAAGAUGGAACAACUACACCCCCAUCGGCAGAUACGCCAAUAAAGGAUAGACUCCGGAAGACCUGCAGAAAAAACUACAAUCCUAGUUCGGCCAAGCGCUCUUCUAAAAAAGUGAAAGUGAUUUCGGAUGUUCCUUACUAUGGAGGAUUACCAGAAGGCAUAGACGUUGAGAAAUCUGAGCCUGCUUCGGUGACCGUUGUGAAGGUAGAACCCACUGCUCAGGCAUCGGAAAAAAUCAAUACACAAUCGACUAUAGCGAUGAUUCAACCGGAAGUUUCUUCGACAGCAGAACAACCGAUCGCGACAACUUCCACAACUCAAUUCUACGUAAUACAACCAGAUAAUACCACGAAAUUGGUUGACAUCAAUCAGCUACAGUUUCCUACUCAACAGACUGGUGGCCUGUCGGAUGCACUCGGUUCGAUUCCAUCCACAAGCGCGUUUAUUCCAGGAACUGGUAUUCUGGAGAACGCCUAUUUUAUCAGUGUUCCAAAUUGCUACAUCGAGUCCAACAACCAAGUUCCCAUUUAUCUGAACGCAUAUGCACCGCCAGUAGUGGAACCAUCUGUGAGUAAUCCUUCAGUUGCCGUUGCGCCCGAACCUAGUCUAGAGAAGUUCCUUAUCUUUCCGUCCUCGUCUUCGAGAACCUCUAUCGUUAGCAGCAUAACAGAUACAGCCGCAGCCACAUCAACAAUCAGUAGUUCAUGUACUUCAACUGUAUCCACCACGGCUAUUAAUAAUAUUUGCUCGUCAUUCGUACCGCUGCUGCCCAAGCCGGAAGCAAAAUCUCCACCCCAGCCGACAGUUCCCGUAAUCCCCAAAGAGGAAGUCGAAAUCACUCCCCAAAAUACUGUCACUUUGGACGUCAAAGCACGUAGCAAUUCCACUCCAAGCCACAAAGCGUCGCAUAUUCGGAUUCUGAAUUUCCACACUCCUGCGAAGCAGUCCGCUCUAGCCGCGGGAAUCUCGAAUAGAGUUGCAACCCCCGGUUCUGCUCCUCCGGCCGUCGAUGUCCGAAGCCGUUGCGCUCCUUCACUGGUCGAACGAAUGGAGUCUAUUCCCGAAACUGUCAAUAAACCCAAUAAACCGGAUCCAACGAAAUCUCCCGACAAAUCAAUCGACCUGAAUAAAUCCAGUUCCGGUGGUCCCGCUCCUAAUCCCAACUCCGUUUCCAACACACCCCGUGUAGCCAAGGAUCCCAGAACCUGCGUUCGUGUGCUUUCCCGAUCCGCCAGCAAAGAAGCCGUUAUGGAGCCUCCAAAACCUAUGGUGGAAAUACCUUCGGCUGCCGUAGCAGAAGUGCAGAAAAAGAUUUCAACUACGCCGAGGGUUAAAAUCAGCGACGCCGAAAUGGAAGAAUGGCGCCGGAUUCGAUCGGUGUCCAAGUCCAACUUUGACCAACAUCUCCGUCUUAUGGAAGAACAGCGACUGAAAACUACUCCUUGCGCACCGAUACGCAAGAAGCGUAAGAAACCAUCCAACCGGAAAGCACCUCCUGCAAAUAAAGUUCCCGCAUCGCCGGAGGAACCGGAAUCAACAUCAGCGAAGGGGUGUGAUUCUUUCGAAUCUUUGGAUGCAGCCGACACCAGUAUUACCGACCUACACGGUCAAAUGUUAGAAGACGCACUGGCGUCGGCCAAGAAACCGGAAGUCGAAAAACAACCUGCGAAAACUCCUGCAAAAGGUAAAACAUCGAGCAAGGAUCCCAACACCAGCGAGGAACAUGGAAGCAAAAUCUACGUUAAGAUUGCCACGCCGCGGAAAAAAACACCCAUGAAGACAAGUCCGAGACGAAGGUUUUCUAAGGGUGAAAAAUCAGUGAAAAGGCGGCGACCGAGUAAUCCUCGAAAGAAACAGGCGAUUGAGAAGAAGUCAGUUGAACAACAGGAAGAGGAGAUACAGAAAGAAGAGCCUAUGGAAGAGGAAAUUGUGGUCGAGGAAGUAACGACAGUCAAGGUGGUCGAAAAGACCACGAUAGUGUUAAAGAAUCAUGACGCUGAAGAAAACAAAGAAUCUGAUACAACGGAUGCCAUUGCACCAAAGCCGGUUUCAGUGCCGGAACCAGAGCCGGAAUCGGAGUCGAAGCCGGUCUCCCAUGCAAAUCCGAUAUCGGAACCAAAACCGAUACAAGAACCAGAGCCAGAGACACCAGUUAAAACAGAAGAAAACUCGCUGUCUCAAGUGGAAGAGACCCCUCCCGAAGUUCCCAAGCCGGUGAAAGACCACCCGAAGCUACUGGCGAAGAAAUCCAGUGCCGAAUAUGUUCGCAAGGAGCAGGAACAAUCGUCCGCUAUCGCCAGCACAUCCUCAGGCUCUCAUGAAUUGCAAUCAGAGAAGUCGCAUACGAGCAUUGAUUGUUCUUUUAGCACUUCGUUAUUUCUUGAGACCCCACUUAAGGCCGAUUUCGGAAGUUUUCCGAUCACACCUCGAUUCCUGAUGCCAGCACAGAUCGAAAACACGCCCAUGACAAGGAGCAUACGAGAAGGAGUGCAAUCCAACUCCUCGAUGAAAAAAUCUGGAGACAUUCACACGCCUAUCUUCCCAAUAACCCCAGGACUGAUUAGUACGCCCAAGUCGACCAAUUCGGUUAGCCCGCACAGCAUGGGUGGAACCGGUGGAUUCAGUUCUCGCCGAACUGAUUACUCAUCUGGAAGCUCCUACUACAAACCCGACGAAUCCGAAGAUUUGGACAAGAAUCUUGAAGCUAUGCUCCACGGCGAAUGGAAAAAGCGAAAGGCGGAAGCUAGCGGUGAGCUCUCGGUGGAAAAGAUUCUUGUCGAAGAGCCCCCACCUCAAUUGGAGGCAAAUCCUCAGCUUGAACCAAAUCCACAAGAACAGGAAGAUGCCACGGCAAAUGUGACUGUAUCCUCGACAGAUUCCUCCAGUAGUUCAAGCUCGUCGUCGGAUUCCAGUGGCAGCGACGGAAGUUCCACGGAAAACACCCCAAUCAAGCGCCCGGAAAAUUCUCCCACACCCAGUCCCAUCAAGCCAUCGACUCAGUACCUCAAUGCAAACGACGCUCGCCGCCAACAGCAGGCUGAACUGGAGGCCAAGAAGCAGCGUACGAUCGCCCGCAUGAAGAAUGCCAAACCCGCGCAACCUAAAAAGAUGGAACGAAAAUUUGUUGCCCCGCUUGGCUUCAAAUCACGGAAGGUAGUUAUCUCUCGGAAGGACCUCCUACCGAAGAUAGCCCCUCCACCCGUUCCAGCGACGAGCCUCACACCGUCCGCUUCCUCCAAGCGCAAAAAUCCCACACCUCGCAAAGUAAUCGUUCUUGACAGGGUUCUGACUAUGAGUCCCAAAAAGCACUCUCCCAAGCGGAGAACGCUCUGUCAGCCGCAAGAAACACAUCGGAAGUCGCCGCGCACCACCCUUCCGAUCACCGAGCAGGACGUGCAGCGCAUUCUAACCCCUCGAAAAGAUCAAGUCAUCGAAGGAACAUACGAAAGUGAGAACCUGUCGCGAUUGAUCUGCACACCGGACAUUCCCGAUCUGGAUCCGGAUAAGAAACCCGUGUACGCCUUCAUGAGCCCGGAUCGUGGGGUUGAACCAAAUAAACCCAAAGGAACACCUGAUUCGAACAAGGAAAAUCAAUCCUUGGAGGAGCCAAAACAAUCAGUUCCCAACACAGAAGAGGCACACACAAGCAGUGAAGAAGAGGAUGACCCAUACAGCGAUUGUAAAUUCGAAUCGUGCUACGAAGACACCAAGUGUAAGUCGUUCUUCCGGGUAACGUUUAAUGAGAAGAAAUCUAUCGCUUCCGGUGAGCAAUCAGCUGAGCUCCAACCCAUCAAAAAGUUGAACAUUGUGCUGGAAGAGGGUCGCAGGGUUUGUCUCGAUGUUCAAGAUCCAAUCGUAAUUUUUGAACAGUCGCCCUCGCCAUCAAAGCCCCCCAAAACAGCUGCACAUCCCAAGAAGAAGGCAACCUCCAGCAAACCUAGGAGGAACACUGCGAGGAUACCCAAAAAGUCUACCAAGCCGAUGGAACCCCCUCCACUUCCGAUCAGUGCCGUGUCGAAGCUCAAAGCUAAAAUCAACGUCAUACCGGCGGUCCGUGGCUUGGGGUUGUCACCAGCCGCAAGGAGAACGGCGACACAGCUUCUGGUCGCCAAACGGCGUCACGAACGGGAAAUUUUGGCAGCUAGCUCGAAAAAGCUGAAACCCGAAGAACCUCCAGCGGACAAGCCCAAGAUUAAGCCGCUUUCGUUGGCGCCGUCGUCUGAAAACAUCGCAGCCUCAUCUAGCAGAGAGUUACCAGUUUCCCCCUCACCAAAGAUGCCUCUGAAGCUGGACAUGAAAAAGAAGCAACAGGAACAGAAACGCCGAACGUCGGCGACGGAAUCGGAAACGGGAAAUACUGCUGUGGCGGCGCCGAAGGACGCGAAAGCAGGUGCUGCUUCGGAAAAGAAACUCGAGGGUGAAUUUGUAAUCGAUGCGGUUCUUACGCACCUUCAUGGAUAGUGAUGUCGGCGAUGAGUUAGUACAACCUUAUUGAUUAAGUUUAAUUUGGCACCACCGUAUUGUGGGCAUAUUUUUUUUAAGAGUCGAUGAUGCUGUCGAUUUCGAUAGCCGUAUUUUAGUUACAAUGGUAUUAUCGAGUGGUAAGACUAAAGCUGUACAUUUUUUGUUUGUAUAGACGAUGCUUUCUAUAUUUGACUAUCGAGAGAUCGAGAAAUGUUGGUUCUGUAACGACGGAAAGAUUAAAAACGCUUAUGGUUAAUUAUGUCUUAUUUUCUAUUUUUAAAGUCAAACUAACUACUCAAUAAACUGUAUAAAUGGACAAGUGAGUAGAA